UCAAAAAGCAAUUAAUCAUAAAUUGUAAAAUAAAUAAAUAAUUAAAUAAAUAAAAUAAAUCAUAGUCUUAAAUUUUCUUCUCUGACUCUCAUCGUUCAAAGAAGGCGACCCCAAAAAUAUCUCUGCCCCAAAUCUCAAGUUCUUUGAGUUUGUAUAAUCGAUAGAUCAAUCAAAUUGAUUUCUGAUUCGGUUUCUGUUCUCUUAUGGCUGAUCGUGGAUCGUACGGUCUGGGUCCUCGAUUAGAUAUUCAACAAUUAUUUAUAGAAGCACAACAUCGAUGGUUGCGGCCUGCUGAGAUUUGUGAAAUUCUUCGUAAUUAUCAGAAGUUCCAUAUUGAAUCAGAGCCUCCAAACAGGCCACCUAGUGGUUCUCUUUUUCUUUUUGAUCGAAAGGUUUUGAGGUACUUUAGAAAGGAUGGACAUAAUUGGAGGAAAAAAAAGGAUGGAAAGACUGUAAAGGAAGCUCAUGAGAAGCUGAAGGUUGGAAGUGUUGAUGUAUUACAUUGUUAUUAUGCCCAUGGAGAAGAGAAUGAGAGCUUUCAAAGGCGCAGCUACUGGAUGCUUGAACAGGAAUUGAUGCAUAUAGUUUUCGUUCACUACUUGGAAGUAAAGGGUAACAGGACAAAUAGUAGCCCUUCCAAUAGUCUUGUUGCUAGUCAGAACAAAGAGCCUUCUGGAAAUACAGAUUCAACAAGCCCGACUAGCACUCUUACAUCGUUCUGUGAAGACGCUGAUUCAGCUGAUAGUCAACAAUCAAUAUCUGGACACCGCUCAUUUCUUGAGUCAUCACAAAUUCAGAGUAGUCCUGUGAUGGGCAAAGUAAAUGCUGGUGCAUCAAAUUCUUAUUUUAUGAAUCCUGGUUCAGAUAAUCAUCAAGGUCGGUCAUUGACGCCAGUAGUAGGUCCAAUUUCAUAUGUACAUCGAGAUGCACCAGGAAAUAAUAAUGCUUCUUGCAUUACUGAGUCCCAAAGCUUGCCAUCUUGGGAGGAGGUCUUGGAGCAUUGUACAAUGGGAGACAAAAGUGCACCUUCUCAUUUAUCAAUGAAUUCUGCUCCAACUGAUGCUACAGGUACUGGAAGGAAUGUGAUUCUUGGUGAGAUCUUGUCUGGUGGGAAUUCUGCUAAAGAGGAUUAUGGUGGUUCUUUGCUAAUGGAAUCACAUUGGCAGGUUCCCUUUGAAAAUAGUUCCUUGCACUCGCAUGGGGGCCCUAUUGAGCAGACGCUGGACCUCGAGUUGACAUAUGGUUUAGAAACCAGGUUAUUUGAGCAAAGAACUCAUAAUGCAGAUGUACAAAAUGAAUUUGAGGAAUUUUUCUCUGGUCCUGUUCAGCACAAUGAGGAGCUUUUGCAGAACAACCUUCAAAUGCAUCUUACAAAUUCAGAACCACAAUUUAUGAUGAACAGAAGAUCUGAGAAUGACAUAUCUAUAGGGGAAAAUGGCAAGUAUGCUUUUGUUGGGAAACAGCCAUUAUUAGAUGGAGAAGAGGGCUUGAAGAAAGUUGACAGCUUCUCACGUUGGGUUACGAGAGAACUAGGAGAGGUGGAUGAUUUGCAUAUGAGGUCGUCAUUGGGUCUAUCGUGGAGCACUGUUGAAGAUAAUGUAGUGGAUGACUCUUCGUUGAGUCCCUCUCUCUCUCAAGAUCAACUUUUCAGCAUAAUCGAUUUUUCACCAAAGUGGGCUUAUGCAGACUCAAAAACUGAGGUUCAUAUUACUGGAUCAUUUUUGACAAGUCAGCAAGAAGUGGCAAAAUGUAGCUGGUCUUGCAUGUUUGGGGAACUGGAAGUACCUGCUGAGGUUUUGGCAGAUGGUGUGCUCUGUUGCUAUGCUCCGCCUCACAGUGUUGCGAGAGUUCCAUUUUACGUUACAUGUUCCAACAGGGUAGCUUGUAGUGAAGUGAGAGAAUUUGAUUAUCUGGCAGGUUCUACUGAAGUUGUGGAUGUUACAGAUGUUUAUGGUACUAAUACAGAUGACAUGCAUCUUCAUCUGCGACUUGAGAGGAUACUGUCUGUGAGAUCUUCCAGCCAUACAAACUGUCUAUUUGAUGAUGCUAGAGAGAAACAGAAGUUAGUCAGUGAGAUCAUUUUAUUGAAGGAGGAAGAUGAAAGUGGCCAAACAACAGAACCAAGCUCAGGCAGACAUAUAUCGCAAGAUGAAAUAAUGAGGCAACUUCUUCAGAAGGCAAUACAAGAAAAAUUAUAUCAAUGGCUCCUUCAUGUAGUAGCUGAAAGUGGUAAAGGGCCAUGUGUGUUAGAUGAUGAAGGGCAAGGUGUGCUUCACUUAGCAGCUGCUCUUGGUUAUGACUGGGCCAUAAAACCAAUCAUUGCUGCUGGAGUUAGUAUCAAUUUCCGUGAUAUGAAUGGAUGGACUGCUCUUCAUUGGGCUGCAUACUACGGCAGAGAGCAGACAGUAGCGGCGCUCGUCUCAUUAGAUGCAGAUACUCGGGUAUUGACUGAUCCUUCUCCAGAAUUUCCUUUGAGUAGAACUCCAGCGGACCUUGCUUCAGGCAAUGGACACAAAGGAAUUUCUGGAUUCCUUGCAGAAUCAUCUUUGACUAGCUAUCUACAAUUGCUUACACUAAAUGAUUCAAAGGAGGGUGGUUUGCCAGAAGUUUCAGGAAUGACUGCUGUGCAAACUAUUGCUGAACGGGUUGCAACUCCUGCAAAUGAGGUUGAUGUGCCAAAUGUGCUACCGAUGAAGGAUUCACUUACUGCCAUACGUAAUGCUACACAAGCUGCUAAUCGUAUACAUCAAGUAUUCAGAAUGCAAUCCUUCCAGCGGAAACAGUUGACUGAGUAUGGCGAUGAUGAAUCCAAUAUAUUGGAUGGGCGUGCUCUUGCACUUCUAGCAGCCAGGACCCACAGGCCUAUGCAUUCUGAUGGAAUGGUCAAUGCUGCAGCCAUACAAAUCCAAAAGAAGUUCCGGGGGUGGACGAAGAGAAAAGAAUUCCUGAUAAUCCGGCAAAGAAUUGUUAAGAUACAGGCCCACGUAAGGGGACACCAGGUAAGGAAGCAAUACAGAACAAUCAUCUGGUCAGUUGGAAUUUUGGAAAAGGUUAUACUGCGCUGGAGGCGCAAAGGAAGUGGUUUGCGGGGAUUCCGCAGAGAUGCAGUUAAGGAGACCAAUGUACAACCCUUGGCUUCACAACCCUCGUCUUCGCAGCCCUUAUGUUCACAGCCCUUGUCUUCACAGCCCUUGCCUUCACAGCCCUUGUCUUCACAGCCCUUGCCUUCACAGCCCUUGCCUUCAAAAGAGGAUGAUUAUGAUUUUCUAAAGGAAGGAAGGAAGCAAAAUGAGGAGAGGCAACAAAAAGCACUUACAAGGGUGAAAUCUAUGUAUCAUUCUGCAGAAGGACAAGCUCAAUACCGGAGGCUGCUGACUUACUUCGAAAAAUUACGGGAAACUAAGGAAUGUGAAAUGGUACUGAGCAGUCCAAAUGAACUUGUGUAUGCCAAUGAAGACCUUGUUGAUAUUGAUUCACUUUUGGACGAUGACACUUUCAUGUCACUAGCAUUUGAGUGAGUGAGCGAGUGAGUGAACUUGAGCUCUGCUGAUUUGCUUCAUUCACCUGUAGAUAGAUGAAUGCCCUAACUUUAUGCCUGCCUCUGUAUGUGUAAAUAUCUAACCAUUGUAGAAACUAACUAGCUCUUGAUGAUAUAUUAAGAUCUGCAUGCGUAGUGUACACUUCUCAGGUUUUAAAGAUGCUAGUGUCGAUUGUUUUUGUUUAGGGCAUUGGUCUAUUUAUUAGAUUAGAACAACUCCUAUCUGUAUAAUUUCUUGUUUGAGAUAAGUGUGAUGUCUAGCAUUUGGGUUUGAACAUUUUGUUUAUUUGGGUGAAACAUUUUAUAAAUAGCACAUUUAGUCUCUGAACUAGCUAUAUCUCAAGUGGAAGAUUUUGUUA